GUUUACCUAUACCUGUUUCAAUAUCUUUGCCUGGAUGUAAAUACUUGUUGGCCUGUCACUUGCCAGCCUUUGUGGUAGUUGGUAGUAACCAUAUGGUCAUCUAAUCGGUGAAACUAUAGCGGUCUUUUCGAAUUUGGCAAGGUCCACCCGUAAAAGUUCUGUUCGAAAGAAGCAAGCUGACAUACAGAUAAGUGCAAGAGUACGAAAAUAUGUAUUUGUGCUAUGGUGUAGCUUUUAUUCUAUUAUGCGGAAGUGUUACAACCAGCGAUCCGUCGAAGAGAACUGCACGUCGAUUUAGUGAACACAGAAUUUAUUCAGAUUUGUAUUGCCAUGUUAACUUACGAAAGGAAAAAACUGCCUAAUUUUCACAUGUGACAAUUUAGUUCCAUAUUGGAAUGUGGAAAAGUUAUGGAUAUGGCUUUAAUCCAUUAAUAUGGCUUAAAUCUGCUGGAAAUGGAAGUUUUUCUUUCUUUCAGCAGGGAUACCAACCUUCAUCACUGAGCAAUGAUGAAAUUAUCACUAUUUCCAAACUGUCAAAUACUACAAAUUUUGAGGAAGUGCUUGAUAGCAUAUUGAUACCAAGAGUAGUUGGAACGCCGACCCAUGAAGUUGUGAAAUCAUUUUUAGUGCAGACUAUGACAAAACUAGGCUGGGAUGUAGAAACUGACAAGUUCAAAGCAAAUACGCCUGUAUUUGGCUCUCUUACAUUUGAAAAUGUAAUCGCAAGAUUGAAUCCGAGUGCUCACAGUUUCUUGACUUUAGCAUGCCAUUAUGAUUCAAAAUAUUUUCGUGAAGGAGAAUUUUUGGGAGCUACAGAUUCAGCAGUACCAUGUGCGAUGAUGAUAAAUUUGGCAUAUACCAUGCAGAAACAAUUAUCAAAACUAAAAGAUAAGGAAGACAUGAGUCUGAUGUUUAUUUUCUUUGAUGGAGAAGAAGCUUUCCGUCACUGGAGCCCUACAGAUUCAAUUUAUGGGGCAAGGCAUUUGGCACAAAAGUGGGAACAGACACGGUCUCCAAGGAAAAGUGGUGCAAAAGAACUGGACAGAAUUGAUGUAUUGGUCUUGCUUGAUUUAUUGGGUGCUCCUGAUCCUGUAUUCUACUGUUAUUUUUCGAACACCGAACAGUAUUACCGACACAUUGCAAGUACAGAGGAACGCCUAGCUGCUUUGAAACAACUACAGAGAUACUCGAAUGGGAAGCCUGAACAACGUUAUUUCCAACUCAUGUCUACUGCAUCAGGGAUUGAGGAUGACCACAUUCCUUUCUUAAUAAGAGGUGUACGCAUACUACAUAUAAUACCGCGUGCCUUUCCUGAAGUCUGGCACACAUUCCGUGAUAACCGCAAUGCUAUUGACUUCAGCACCGUAGACAAUCUGAACAAAAUGUUGCGACUUUUUGUGGCAGAAAGUUUGCAUAUGAUUGACUUGUAAAUAUAUACACUGCUCAUACUAUUACUUGUAAAUAAUUAUCUAUUGUACAAACACAUGGCCAGGAGUCUUCAAAUAUAACUAUUUUGCUUUUACAACAAA